AAUCGUCUCUCUCCCCCAACCCCUAAUUCACCAUUACUGUGAUCCCUAAAACCUCCAAAAAAAACACACACACACACACACACACACGCAGAGACGAUGCAGAGAUGGUGCUCGAAGCUCCGCCACUUGGCAGCCGUUACUUCCAUUCCUAAACCCCACCACCACCACCGCCGCCUCCUCCCUUCCGUUUCCAAUCGUUUCCUCCACAUUUCUCCGAAUUUACUCCACAAACCCACUUUCACCCAUUCCGUGAUUUCCCCCAAUUUCAAGCCGCUGCUCGAUGCUCCACCAUUUUCCCAUUUUUCCUACUCUCCAAUCUCUCUAACGCAAGUGCGGCAUAUCACCGCUAAGCAGAGGGUAAGGAAGUUGAAGAGUAGGCAGCCCAUGACUCCAAUAAAAUCCAAAGUCAAGAAAAUCAAAAUCAAAGGCUACUCUUCAUUUAAAGGAAGAUUUAGGCUAAUGAAGGAUGGGCAGUACAGGCGCUGGAAGGAGGGAAAGAGGCACAACGCACAUUUAAAGUCCAAGAAGUCUAAACGUCGUCUCAGACAACCUGGUAUUGUCCCUCCAGCUUACGCAAAAGUAUUGAAGAAGCUCAACUUUAGUGGCUGUUGAGUCAAAGAUACCUUCCCAUUAGUUACGGCUAAUACGCUUUGCAUUUCAGAAUCACCGCAUCACCUCAUUACUUUCAGACACACUCUCCUCAGUUCCAGUUGUUUUACAGUUUCCUAAUCGAACGGUUAGAUAUUUUCUCGCAGAUAAUCUUGAUAACGAUCCACAUCUGCAUGCAAGAUUAUUCCUUUUACGGGUACAUGCAUCACACUUUCUGCAGUUUUUUUGUUUUGUUUACUUAUUCAAUUACCAACAAUCAGUUGUUUUUGACAU